AAAGUAGAAAAUUUAGUUAUAUUCUGGCUUUUGAAGAACACAGAUAUACUUUUUAAAAUCAUGGAACAGUGGAAGAAUCGCGUAGCUAUCGUAACAGGUGCUUCGGCAGGAAUUGGUGCUGCAAUUGCAAAGGAUCUUGCAAAGGCAGGAAUGAUAACAAUUGGCUUAGCAAGAAGAGUUGAAAGAGUGGAAGCCCUCAAGAAGGAUCUUCCAGCAAAUGUUCAAGGAAAUCUUCAUGCUGUGAAAUGUGAUGUGUCAAAUGAGGAUGAUAUUGUGAGAGUAUUUGCUUGGAUUGAUAAGAAAUUCAAUGGGAUUGAUGUGCUGAUCAACAAUGCCGGUAUUCUUCGAGAAACUGAAUUAAUUAAUAAGGAUAACUCUUCAAAAAUUCGCGAAGUGAUCGACACUAAUGUGUUGGGAUUGGUUUUCUGUACGCGUGAGGCCUACAAAUCAAUGGAAAAGCACGGAAGAAAUUCUCAUGUUGUACAUAUUAACAGCAUAGUUGGACAUAAUGUUAUUCGAAAUCUUCAAAUGCCUUCUGGCAAUAUUUAUCCUCCAAGUAAAUUCGCCGUGACCGCCAUAACGGAAAUCCAUCGUCAGGAGUUUAUAAGGAGCAAACAUCACAUCAAGGUGACUUCUGUGAGCCCUGGGGCUGUGAAAACUGAGAUUUUCCCCCAAGAAAUGUUGGAGAAGUACCCCGAUUUUCCAUUUCUUGAAUCUGAAGAUAUCUCCCAGAGUGUCCUUCAUGUCCUUGGGACACCACCUCAUGUUCAAAUUCAUGAAUUAACUAUUAAACCCUUUGGGGAACAGUUUUAAAAAAAUCUAAUAUCAUCGCUCUUAAAAAAAUGAUUUUACAAAAUCAAGAAAUAUUUAAAAUUUUUCUUAAUCGAUUGUAUAAUUUCAUGCAAAUAAAAUUUUUCGUUGGCUAACAAAA